AUGGCCUACUAUUCUGACCCGGCAUCAAAUGAUGAAAUAGUCCUGCCAACGGCAGAAUAUACAGGCAACAAGAAGACCAAUUCAAAUGACUUUGUUGAGGACUGGGUGGAUGUUACCGUUGAAAACGCAAUCAGGCGCGGUCGACGGCUCCAGAAAUUAAAACCUAUUCCAGAUGAUACGGACUGUGAAUAUAAUGUCGCAGACUUCGAUUUUUUCGGAUCACUCCUUAAAGGAAAACGGCGUUCUAGGAGCAGGAGGGAUUACCUGAUGUGUUAUAGAAUUACUAAGACAAGCUCAAGUAGCCAUUACAAAUACAGGUCCAAAUCGCCUUACAGAAGACCGAACACUAAUGUUUAUGCUUAUUAUUCAACAAUAAGUAACAAUGUAGGACUUAAUAAUCCACAAAUUAAAAACAAGAACCUUAAAAAAUGCUCCAUGAGGAUCAAUGAGCUGGCUGUACCAUCCAAACGACAAUGUCUUGAUACUUGGCGAUACCGAUCCAAUGUAUUACCUGAAUUCAUGGUAGUAAGAUUGAAACAACAAGUUAUGGAUCAACUACCGAUUGUACAAAUACCGGAAGCGCUAUAUUGGUUUCAAAAACGAAGGCCACGGAAGUCGUAUUCAUCAAAAACUACUCUAAGUAAAAGCCAUCAAAAGGACAGAAACGAAAACGCUUACGACCUCAGGAAGCCACUUCGUAAGAUGGACGAAAGAACAUUAUGCAUAUUAUUUGCACACAAAAUUACGAAGUUAUUGUUGAAACCUUUAAAUGUAACUUUAACUCCGGAAUUGGACGCUAUAUCCAGAGUAGUAUCCAGUGACAUUGCGAAAUUAUUACGGAAAUGCGCUUUUAGUAAAAAUCUGCAAUAUUUGCCAAUUCAAAGGGAUGUGGCGAAUACAAUUACAAUUUGGAUAGCAGGAAUUCUAGAAGAUUUAUCUUUCAAGUUAUUAGAAGAAGAUUUACAAGUUACACAGGAGACGGAAGCGACUGCAAAGGAUUUAGUGCAGUGUGUUACGUACAUGGAAAUGUCAUUAGAACGAGAAAAGUUUUCAUUAAAGGGUACAGAUCUAGAAGAGGAAGAAGGCCCUGUAUUGGAUUUUGUGGAUGAUGUGAUCGAAAACGUUUUGAACAUCUGCGAACCGCAUCCAGUAUAUGUUGAACCGGAACCAGAUACGUCAACGAUUUCAAAAGAUGACGAAAUGUUAGGCGAAUCAGAAAAAUCUACCAUUCAAGUAGAUUCAACAGAUCUUGAAAUAUCGACAUUGGAGGAUGUUAUUAAUAUAGAUAUAGUGGAAGCAGCAAAAGGCUUGAUAGAAGAGUUUGAAUCUAAAGAUUAUACAUUAACAGAUUUAGAACACUUCAGGAAAGAGAUUAAUGCUAUAAUAGAUUAUGUAGCCAAGGCUUCUGGAGAUAACAUGAGUAAUGGAUCUGGGGAUGAUGUAGAAAAUGUGUUUGACAAAACUAUUUCACCAGAAGGUGAAACUGAAGAUGUGCCAGACGGUGACGACCUAAGUAGUGAUACCAUGAAAGUUAUUCAAAGCAAUGAAUAUGAGGAGGUAGAUGAAAACGCCGAAGUAAAUGAUGCAAAUGUGGUUGACGAUUUUGAAAUGUCAACCGAAGAUGAUGACAACAACAGAAAAGUUAUAUUUAAUGAAACAGUGGACCCAAAUGAUCUUGCCGAUCAAAAAGAUACCAGCAUUGACGACGUGUUUGGGAAAAGUGAAGAAGAACAAACCCAAGGAAAUGCCCUUUCUGACAAGUCCAGCGUUUCAUUUUCUGAACCCAACGAUAACUUAUUGAGUCAAAUACAUGAAAGUGAUGAGAGACAAAUGUCACCUAAAGACGCAGCUAAUAAGACCGAAGAGAGCAAAUCAAGCGACACCCCAGUUCUAGAAGAGAUUGGUGUAGGAGAAUUAAACAGGUCUUCAGAAAAACACGGUUCUGAAAGUGAAUUGAAUAAAGGAUCAUCUGAUUCCAAAACACUAGGCAGUAAAGAAAGUAACGAAUCUGUAUUUAAAGUUUAUAACGAACCUUCUAAGGAAGAUGUUCAGCAAAUCAUGAAGACUGGAAGCGAAAUCGGAGAAACAAUAAGUGCUACUGGUGGAUCAGAAGGUCAAAUAAACGAAGAGAAACCCGACGAAACGAAGCCGUUCGAUAUGCAAUUAAUAGAAAAGAUUAUUGACGAUCAAAUGAUCAGCCCACUUUCUACAGAAAAAGAUGAUUCAGCAACUGAAUCGCCACGACAAAAAAUGUCAAUAGAGGCCACAGACGUAGAACUUGAAGAAGUCUCUGAAAGACUAGACAUAACAGACAAUGAAUCUAAAGCUGUGGAUGAACCUUCUACUGAAGAAGAAUAUAAAGUCAUAGAGUUAGAAAGCGUCGCCGUAGAAACAAAAGGUGCAGCUGAGGGAGCUGAAAUACCCAGUCCUGAAACUGAAUCACAGAAAGAGCGUGGUUUGAGUAAAACCGAUAAAAAUGAGAAACAAAUAUCAACCAAAGACGAACCUGUCAAGAUCGAAGAACAUAAAUCGUUCGAUACACAAUUAAUAGAAAAGAUUAUUGUGGACAAAUUAUUCCGUCCGACAGAAAAACGUGAUACGAAAAAGAAAUUAAAACCUCAACAAAAACCAAUCAAGAAAACUACGACAUCAAAACCAAAAGUUCCUGCUAAAAAGAUUGACAAAAAAGAAAUUGAAUCUAAAGCUCCCGAAGAAGUAUGUACAGUCGUGAGCUUAGAGAGCAAACCCAAAACUCAAACGCCGAUGGAUCAUGGGUGGAAGGUCCAACUUCAGACAGCUCCAUCAUGGGUGACUGCCUGGGAACAAGGUCGCGGAGAGCCCAGUGAGGAUUCCUUCCAAAUUCAAAUGAGACCGACAAGGGUAACAGAAACAGAAAUUCGCAAUUGGUGCACAGAUUUAGAAAACGCAUUUCUUAAUUUAGAAAUGUGGAGUCAUUGGAUAAGUAAUACUUGCAAGGAAACUAUCUCGUUAUGCGAACAGAACGCAUCUAUAUGCUUAGCUAUAGCUAGAAAAAAUGCUAUGAAUUGGAACAGACUUAAAAGGGACAUUAAUAAAGAUGCCUUACUUUGGGAGAACCUGUACCAAACAACAGAAAACACUUUUAAAAGUUUGAAACGAAAAUAUACUAACGUUAAGGUAACACCAAAUAAGCCGACAUAUUCAAUUGUUACUAAAGCAAUAUUGGAAGCAUUUAACGAAAUUGAGAAACUUAGUUUGGAGUUGCACCAAAUGAUUGUGGCAGCAGAAUACCGUGCUUUAUGCAGUUGUGACAAACGAAAAACUAGAUAAGAAAUUGAUGGAAUACUUCCUUACCAACCUUGACC